AUGAAAGAUCAAAUUCACUCUUCCUCACUCUUCUUGUUCUUUGUCCCUCCAUCACAAAUCAUUUUUCCUAUUCUUCAUAAAUUUAUUAUUUUGUUAUUUUCCUGUGAUAGUUUGUUAUCUUCUUCUUUCUACCCUCUCAUAAAAUUCUUUGUGUCAAAAAUUCUUCUUCCUCAUUCAACCUCUCUCUCUAUCUCUCUCUCUCUUUAUUUCUCACAAUUUCCCCAUAUUAAUUCCCUCGCAUAUUCUAUUCUGUUUCUUUUCUCUAGUUCUUCAAAAGUGAGAAACAUCAUGUCCCCCCCCCCUCACAUCCUCCUACAAACUGUCUCUGCGGUAUUAAUUAUUAGUUUUCAACUCUUACCGCCAGCACACUUUACUAUUAUUACUAUUCCUUCCUUUUGCCUUUCCUCUUUUUUCUGCUACUACUAUCGUGUUGAAAGGCGGCAUCUGGACAUGCUUUAA